AUGCCAAACCGUCUUUUUACCCCGCACGAGUAUUUCAUCCAAGGCGAGGCGACGACUGCUAAGCCGAAGUUCGAUACCCAGACUCGUGCGACAUCUCUGGCUGUUUACAUCUUUACUCCGACGCAAUACCAGAACCCAAAGUGCAAGCAGUGCAGCAGUUUUCAGUCCCGUGGCCCUGCUUCCGACUGCCGUGUCCCCACCACUAAGCACGGUGCUGGAGCAUGCACCAAUUGCUAUUAUUAUGGGCAGAGCACAGCGUGCAGCCUUCGUAUUGAGCAGGAGCGGGUUGAGGAGUUUGCUAAGAAAGAGAAGGACAGGUUCGAAAUGUACACUUCGGACGAGCUUGACGAGCUCUCAGAGGAGCAGCUUGAGGAAUGGGCACAAAUGGUGAAGGAUGAGAUUGAAAACAAGCGGUCUGCUGGCAGAUGUCCGAUUAAGAAGCGCCGCUCAUAA